UCUGCGGGGCGAUCGAGUGCUGGACCGGCGGCGGUCUCGUGCGCCCCGGCCUGCGCGCGCCAGCUGCUCUGGGUUCCUCGGGCCGAGGCCCCGGCGGCUGCGGCAGACCGGUGGGGUGGGCCGGAGGAGGCUCGGAGGGCGCGGGCGCCCUGUGCGCGGAGCGGGCGUGAGGCAGCCGGGCUCCGGGACGCCAUGUCCAUGGAGGACCCCUUCUUUGUGGUGAAAGGAGAGGUACAGAAAGCAGUGAACACCGCCCAGGGAUUAUUUCAGAGAUGGACAGAGCUCCUCCAGGACCCCUCUACGGCAACGAGGGAAGAAAUCGACUGGACCACCAAUGAGCUGAGGAACAACCUCCGGAGCAUAGAGUGGGAUCUCGAGGACCUUGACGAGACCAUCAGCAUAGUUGAAGCAAAUCCUAGAAAAUUCAACCUCGAUGCAACUGAAUUGAGUAUAAGAAAAACCUUCAUCACAAGUACUCGGCAAGUUGUCAGGGACAUGAAGGAUCAGAUGUCGGCUUCAUCUGUGCAGGCAUUAGCAGAACGAAAAAACAGACAGGCACUCCUUGGGGACAGUGGUGGCCAGAACUGGAGCACAGGAACAACAGACAAAUACGGGCGCCUCGACCGCGAGCUCCAGUUAGCCAACUCCCAUUUCAUCGAGGAGCAGCAGGCGCAGCAACAGUUGAUCGUGGAACAGCAGGAUGAGCAGUUGGAGCUGGUCUCUGGCAGCAUCGGGGUGCUGAAGAACAUGUCCCAGCGCAUUGGAGGGGAGCUGGAGGAGCAGGCCGUUAUGCUGGAUGACUUUUCUCAUGAGUUGGAGAGCACUCAGUCUCGGCUGGACAAUGUGAUGAAGAAACUUGCAAAAGUAUCUCAUAUGACCAGUGAUCGGCGCCAGUGGUGUGCCAUCGCCGUCCUCUUCGUGGUCCUGCUGGUCGUGCUGGUCUUCUUCUUAGUGCUGUGACGGCGGCCCCGCGCGGCUCCUGCGCACGGACCCAGGAGGAGGCGGGCAGCAGCGCCCGGCGUUGCCGUCUCCUCACACUCCUGUCUGGAAAACAGCCUGCACUGACCUCCCUCCUCGCGACCCCGCCGCGGAGACAGCGGCGCUGCCCCGGCGCUGGCAGGGCCACUGGGAAGAGGAGGCGGACAACUGUGCGUGCCCGGCACUGCCUGUCCUGAGGACAGCUCGCCGCUGCUUUGCCUCUGGGGCCCGGGCCCCCCAGGACAGCCUCUGAGGAAUCCAGGAGAGUUCGCGACUCAACUAGUGCUUGCUGUUGCUCAUUCCAUCCUUCUCUGGCCGCUCUUUCCCCUGCCCAGACAGCACGCCUGUGCCCUCCGGGACCGCGCUGGCCGCACCGGCUCCCGGGUGGGUCUCCUCUCCCGUGGCGGCAGCGGCCCCGCGGCCCACGGCCCCCCCAGAGCUGGUUGCUAUUGGGAACACAAGGCCCAGAAGCAGUUUGUGACAGAAAAUGCAGUGGUCCAUUUUUCAUGGAUAAGUGCUGGGAUAAAAUUGCUUUCCCAGGCUCAUUAUUCCGUGGUAGAAACAACUAAUGGAAAAUAAUGGAAAGCACAAGGCUUUGGGGGUGCCCACAGCUGGUGGCCUGAACUGAAGGGAGGAGGGGGCAGUGUGACCCAGAGUUUGCACAGCUGAGGGGAGGGUGGACGAGGUUGCUGGAGGCCAGAGCCUUGCCAGAUUCAGGUCGCUACCCUGGGGCUGCUUGUGUUUCUAGGACGCUCCUUACCUGUACGGCUGCUGCGCAGCUCAGCCGCUUGCUUGGACGGUCUGGACCCAGGGCCGGUCUGGCGGCUGGUCAGGUCGUUGCUGUGGCACUCUGCGUGGGGGAGAGGGGCGGUUAGUACACUGGCAGGUACAGCGACACUCACUCAGAAACCGUAAUGACCAAAAAGGCUAUUUCUGGACCAGAUUUCUCUUAACCUGGGAGGGAUGGCAAGAAUGGCUGUAGGUGAACUUGGGUGGGGUUUUUUCCCACUGAGAUGACAACUCAGUUUUUUUUAUUACCCAUUCAAAUAACUGAGCCAAUUCAAAUUUGAAGAACGGAUGCUUUAAUUGAGUUUUAGUAGCUGAAACUGCUGAGAUGCUAAACUUUAAGCUUCCGAUGAUGCCUCCAGCGUCCCGGAGUCUGUAGGAUAUUUUUAUCACCUCCCCAUGCCGUCACCGGUAUAGAGCGCCAGCCGACCCGGAGCCUGGCGGCAGAGGCCACGCUCUCCCCACCACCUUCUGCACUUGGAAAGCACGGCAACGUCUGGAUAGAGCUCUAGCUUUGACUUCCUGUUUCCUCAUUUUAUUGGGGCCCAUUCCUCGGCACAGUCUCUCUCUUUUUUUUUUUCUUUUUUCCC